AUGAGGAAGGACAGUCGACAUGGAGGGGGCUGCGCAGUGCUCUCACGAGUCUCGCGAGCCCCUGUCCGGGGAGAGGAAUGCUCGCUUCGCCGCUUGGGCUCGCCCUCCGUUGCGUUCUGCGUCUUUGCCUCCCUCUCUCUCUUCGUAGCCUGCGCCUCCGGCCACAACACUCCUCCAUCGACUCCUGAUGGCAAUAACUUGGUGGAGGACGACUCAUUCAUGUCGUCUUCCGACGACGAGGCGUCUUUGCAGUCUUCCUACAAUGGAGAGGAGGAAAUUUUUUCCCUUGCGUUUGCGAAGCGCGAGGCGGGUCAACCCUCGUUUGAAGACGACGACCAGAAUAUUUCCAGCAGACGAAGCGGUUUUCUUGAUGGAGAUACGCAGUAUAGGAUGGGCACGGCGCAACCUGAGCAAACAACCACUCUGCAGUCUACGCUUCCGGCAUUUCCAAGUCCCGCGGCUCCCGCCCAGUCCGAACGGGCAGCCAUAUCUAGCGGGUCGGAACCUCAGCUCGUGCCAGCUAGCGGCCUGAGCGAAACUAACAUAUCGCCUUCCGCGGUUGGCGAUCUCUUCGAGCCCUCUAGAAAAUCGAGCCUCGCAGGGGGUGCCGCAGCGCUAUCGACGGCCCCACCAGCUGCGCAAGCCUCGUCAGCGGCCUCGCGCCCGACAGGAAGGUCCAGCAGGGGCGUGUCCAGGUCCGAGGGCGUGGCACCUCCUCGCAGCACGGAUCUCCUUCCGCGCGCCGGCUCGGCUACGCGUUCCCCAGCGGCGAGCAUUCGGAAGGAGCCGCCUUUUCAGGUCUCGGGUUUCACGGAGUCGGAGACUCUUGACGACUACUACACGAUCGUCGGUCGUGCGGCAAUGGGCGUGGUCAGGACUGCGAGCCUUCGUGGCAUAGAAGCUCCCGCGGCGCAGCCUCUGGCUGCUCGGAUCGCUGCGACACGCCCCAUUCCCUUGAGGAAGGGCGAGAGCGGCGGAACAGACGUUGUGAUGACGGAGACAGCACCGGAUCCAGCAGCGGAAGCGGAUCCGCUUGAAGCUGCAGCGAGUGAUGCGCCUCAGGAAAGUACUGAGGAGCGGAAAAGCCUGCACAACUCAGCCACGAGGAAAGCAGUGACAUUGAGACCGCGCACACCCACGUGGUCCUCUACCAUCCCGCGAGGGGAAGCCUCCGUGUCGCACGCCGACCCCAAAACCAGUCGCACGUUCAGGCGAGAUGGGCGAAUGAGGCAACUACAGCGAAAACUGACAGCCGCCGUCAUCGCUUCGCUCGUAAUGGCAGCCUUGCUUCUCAUAAUCAAGUCCUUCAACGGCGAAGAGCAAGAUCGGGUCGCAGCUGCCUCAGGCUCUACAGGCUCCCAACGCAGCCAGCCCUGA